ACAAACUUUUCUUUUCUACAGGUCUCUCUAUCGAUCUUGAAAGGUAAAGGAAUACUGAAAUACUCCCUCAGACCUGAUUUGCUUCUCAUGGCUGGUCGACAGGCUUUACUUUUUACCGCGGUGAUUUUCAUUUCUGAAAUGUUCCGUGACAUUGCAAGUCAGCAAUGUGGAGCCGGCGGUGACUUAUACUCCAUUUAUCAAAUGAUGCUCAAGGGCCACACCUACAAGACGUUUAAGACUACGCCAGGUACACUGGAAUGCAGAGAGGCUUGUCUUGCUGAUUUCCGAUGUCAAAGCUAUAACGUCGUCAUGUUCAUUGCAAUAUGCGAGUUAAACAACCGGACCAAAGAGGCCAGACCAGAGGACUUUGUCAAGGAAGAGGACAGAUAUUACAUGGCGAAAGGUCCAAAGCGAGUUCCCCUCGGAUCAACUCGUGAGUUGCCUGCUGAAUCGUGUAAGGAGAUCAAGGCAAGUGAAGGUGGACAGGCAGUCAGCGGUUACUAUUGGCUGGACACUACUAGAUCUGGGAACUCUAUUUUAGCUCGCUGUGACAUGAAGAUGGGAGACAUUGACGAGUGCGCUAUGAGCGCAAUGAACACCUGUCAUCGAAAAGCCUCUUGCAUUAAUACCCAGGGAUCGUACAACUGCACUUGCAAUCCUGGAUACACUGGAGAUGGUUUGACUUGUGCAGCUGUGGACGAAUGUCAGAUGGGAUCGUACUCCUGCCCUUCCAACGGCCAUUGUUUCACCACGGUAGGCUCAUAUGUAUGCAAAUGCAAGCCUGGAUAUUAUGGGGAUAUUCGAAAAAAUUGCACAGCCACUAAUGAGGAUGCUCCUAUCCGUUUAACGGGCGGUGGAGCAAACUACGGACGCGUAGAAGUUUAUUACAACGGGACGUGGGGCACAGUGUGUGAUGAUCACUGGACAAUCAACGAAGCCAACGUGGUGUGUCGUCAGCUUGGCUUUUCUGGUGCAUCUCAGGCUAAGUGUUGCGCUGAAUACGGUCAGGGCUCUGACCCGAUCUGGAUGGACGAUGUCUACUGCCAAGGGGGAGAAGCAAAGUUAUCUCACUGUACGUUCCUUGGCUGGAAAAUCGAAAACUGUCGACAUACUGAGGAUGCUGGUGUGGCGUGCAACCAUUAGAUUGGUCUCAAACCAAAAACUGGUUUGCGCAAAAACUUUUUUUUCUUUUGCGACAUGCUCAUAUUGUGAUCACAUUACAGUGAGUUAUCAGAAAUAAUCGUUAAAAGGUAGAAUUACUUAACCGCUUGAAAACGUAAUCAUAAAGAUUCUACCCGUAAAAACUUCUUCUGUACUUAUCGCAGUUCCUCCUGUAUGAUGUAGCCUAUGAUUGUUUAAAUGUAAGCGUCUACACACCUGUAAUGGGUAGUAGCUAAUGGAGAGCUUACGGCUUGUUUCA